UUCAGGUACUCCCCCGCGCCUCCAACUCACAAAGACACAAAAUGGAGCUGGAGCUACCUGGCUGAGGAAAAGUACAGUUCCGCUCUUUAUUAUGCACAAACUGGAGUUUUGAGCGCGUAUUUUAUGAAAUAAUAAUAAGCUGAGUCGACUGAGAACCCGAGAAGAGAGGAUUAAAAAUGCUGUGGACGUUAAUCAUUGCCGCUUUAAUGGCAGCAGAGUCCGCGAUGGCCAUCUCGGUCCAGUGCCCCACAAAGAAGUACGUCGUCAUCCUCUUCCAGCCCGUCACCCUCGCCUGCAACUACCAGACGACCGACACUCAGACUGCCAUUGUCGUGUGGAAGUAUAAAUCGUACUGCCGGGAUCCCAUCCAGGCUGCACUGAAUCCCAGCAGUGCAGACAACAUCCUGUCACAGAACAACCCCAACUACGACCCCAACAUCGAGUGCGCCGACAACCAGAGGACGGUGCGCAUCGUGGCCUCCAAGCAAGCCAACUCCGUGACGCUCAGCGGGGAUUACCAGGGCCGCAAGAUCAGCAUCAUAAACAAUGCAGACCUGAAUAUCGCGCAGACGGCGUGGGGCGACAGCGGCGUCUACUUUUGCACUGUGACCUCUGCCCGGGACCUCUCAGGGGAUGGUGAAGAUUACACAGAAUUAAUUGUACUGGAGAGAAAGUCAAAUACUACUGACCUCCUGCCUGGCAUUGACUUACUGGUUAUGGAAGACUGGCUCCUGGUUGUCUUGGUGGUUCUGGGCUUCCUGCUGCUGCUGCUCCUGAUUGGGAUCUGCUGGUGUCAGUGCUGUCCACACACCUGCUGCUGCUACAUCAGCUGCCCCUGCUGCCCCGACCGCUGCUGCUGCCCGCGAGCAUUGUACGAGGCAGGAAAAGCGGUGAAGAAAGGUGUGCCCAGUCAUUAUGCGCCCACCCUGUAUGCUCCCAGCAUGUACGCUCAGCCGGCAUACAGCGGCCCACUAAUGAACCAGCCCGGUAUGCCCCUGCUUCCUCUACCCAACGGAGCUGGAGGCGUGCCCCCACACAACGGCUACGGUCUAGAAUAUGACGCGGCCAGCUCAGUUGGACAGGGCUCCCAGGUGCCUCUGCUGCAUGACCCAGAUGUUGGAGGAGACCACACUCGCAGUGGGUAUCGUAUCCAGGUGGACCCGGAUGGGAACGCCACACGUGCCAUUUACUAUAUGGAGAAGGAGCUUUCUAAAUUGGACCCGUCCAGACCUGCUAACUACAACCGCUUGGAUAACAUGAGUGAAGUCUCCUCCUUGCAUGAUAGCUUGGAGCCUCGAGGUCGUGGGGGUCGUUCCCAGCCGCCACCUCUGGCCACGGUCUAUGACCAGGAUGAAGCCAUGAGCACCAUCAGCAGUGUUUCCCAGCAAGGUCGCCGCCGUGAUGACUACCCGCGCCGCGGCGGAGGACACAUGGGGGAGCGUGCACGCGCCCGCUCCAUGGACAACCUUGACGACAUCGGACGCCGCUACGGCCGAGAUGAUUAUUCAGCGCCCCGGCGCCCCGAUGAGCCCAGAGGCAGGAGAGGCUCGGAUGACGGGUGGAGCAGCAGCGCCCGCAGCGGAUACGACUUCGACGACCGCAGGCGUCGUGACUACUCCCCCGAUGAUCGCCGGAGAGGAGACAGGGGUGGCUACGGCGCCCUCCCAGGGAGACGCAGCCGCAGCCGUGACGAUCUGAUGGAUCUGGAGCGGGGUCACCGGCCUGGCGGCGGCGCCAGGGGCGGCCGGGAUGAUUACGAUGACAGCUUCCUGCGAGAAGCCAUGGAGAGGAAGAAGAUGGGCGAGCAGCAGAGGGCGCGCAGCCGCGAUCGACUGGACAGCGAGAGCGACCGCUCGGAUCGGGGGAGGGCGCCGCGCGGGCCCCCCCCACUUCCUCAGAACCCGCCCUCUGGAUACCCCGGUCGCCAUGACGACUACCCACCCCCUCCACCACCACCGUACAGUGACAACGAAAGUGUGCCAUCUUCAAAGAAAAGCAACCUCCGCAAGAACGGAGCCGUGAGCAGGGAGAGCCUGGUGGUGUGAGCGGCCUGCCCGGCGACGCAGCUCCCAUCCAGGACCGGAUGAUUUCUAACACUGUAAAUAUUAGCAGGUGCACUGCUGAUUUUCAUGUUGCAUCAUUUAGAGGAAAGUUAUCAUGAAUUUAUGCUGAAUGUGUAUGAACGCUUCUCUAACAGGCAUCAGGUGCAUGGAUGAAAUGUGCCUUUUCAUGUAUAAAACAUUGUGGCUGCCACAAGUGCCUUACAGUGUACAGAUUUUUACCUGUAGAUGUGAAAGUCAAGUUGAUAAGUCGUUCUCUGUAAAGGUGUUUGACAUCUUGACGAGUAAACAUUUUCUGAUUGGUUUUAACGUUUUUAUGUAGUUUCAGUUCACCGGUACAGAUGUGGAUGUGUAGGGGUCUAUUGAUUUUUGUGGUGUUUGUCACUUGUGAAAAUUGUUUUUAUAAGAAAAACCAUGUACAUUUAAAGGAACUGACUUUAUCUUUGCUUUUCGUUGUGUCACAUUGUGCUCGGUGUGUUUAGAAACCUGGUGAACAAAAUAGUCUUGGUUAGAAAUAGUGUUUUUUCUUGCCUUUUUUAAAUUUUUUUAACACAAAAUUUCCAUUUUAACCUGCAGUAUAUUGUACAGACGACCAGUCAUACGCUCUGAAAAAUGCAAAUGUUUAUGUGAUGAAACCUAAUUUUACAAUAAAGGUCUCUGUUGUCAGGC